AUGAUUGGAGCCAUUCUAUUUGACGAGAAAAUUAACAUUUGUAAAAAAAAGCUCAGAGAUACUUUGAUUCAAACUGGAGAUUUCUAUGAUUUUUUAUGCGGGGAUUAUAUCCCUUUGAAACAAUUGGAAAUUAUGUCUGUGCCUUUGAUAAAUCUUAAUUAAGAGCUGUAAAAUAGCUUUUUAGAACUUUUUCAAAUUAAUGCGUUUGAUUUGGAUCUUCAAUAUUUGGCUAGUAUUAAAAAUAUCAAAUAAUUACAAAAAUUGAAGUAAAACAAUUACUUUACUGAAAAUGUUUGUGUAGUUUUUUCAUCGUUUUUGGAAAAUGAUUAUAUUAUUAACAAAGUUUCGAAUCCCUUUUUCUAGAUUUUUGGGAUUAAAAUAAAUGAAAUUCUUGGUAAAUAGUUGAAUUUAUUAGUACCAAAUAUAGUAAAAAGGCAUCACAAUAAAAUGAUCAAAUAAUUUAUUGAUCAAGAAUCUCUAAAUAUAGUUUAAAAAGGAGAAAGACAUGCUUUUGCUCUUGAUAAAAAGGGAUUUGUUUUCCCUAUCACUUUGAGAAUAAAAAUUGAAAUUUUUGAAAAUGAUAUUGGUGUCUGCGCUUUAAUUUAACGAGUAAAUAAAUAAAAAUAAUACAUUUUAUUUGAUGAUGAUGGUAUAAUCACAGAUUUUUCCAAAAAAAUAUUUAUUGAUAUUUUUUAAUCUAUGGACUCUAAAAUAUAAAUCUAAUAAAAUGCAUUUAGCCUGAUACCUAUGCUAGAGGCAGUAAUGGAGAAUAAGCAGUUUUAUGCCUAAUUUUGCAGCAUUUUAGUUAUUAAGAGAGAAUUAAUAGAUUUAUAAAAUUCACAGAAGGAAUAGCAAAUACAGAAUAAAACUCAUAAUAAAAAAGCUUAUUCUCAAAACGAUGAUGUAUUUUUAAUUUAAUUUAAGGUUGGAGUGUACACCACAAAAUUAAAUUUAAAUGUAAAUUAUGUUGAAAUUGACUUUUACGAAAGAGAAAUAAAUGAAAUGAAAAAAAGAAGAAUAAUUUAAGACAUAAACUAUCAAUAGAUACUUAAAGAAAAGCAGUAAAGUUUAGGUAACAAUAUUUAUUAGAUACCUAAUUUGAUUAAUAACAACUCUGAUAGAUAAACUACUUAAAUAUCCUUCAACUAAGAUUAAAGUAUGACUAAGAAGGUGAUUUCCAAAACUUUUUUUUAAGAAAACGAGAGUAUUAAAUCGCCAACUUUGUUAAGUCCUCUAAAAAGUUAAAGAAAAAUAAAUAACAUCUAAACAGCUUAGGAUGCUAACAAUAAUAACUAUUAGCAAGAAAAUACUACAAAUAUUUUAUAGGAAAAAAUUCUUUAGGAUGAUCAAAUGCCUUCCUCUUUUUGUGAAAUAUAAUUAGUAUCUUUGUAAUUAAAUAAAUAAACAGGAGAUUAACAAGAAACAAAAGUAAAUUUAUUCUCAACGAUAGAUGAAUAAAAAUCUGAUGCGCCUUUUUAAUCUCUUAGGACCACUCAUUAACUUUAAAUCAAUACAAAAAUAGAAGGUGAAAGAAUUACAUCACCUUUUUACUAAGAUGAUAAAUAUUUGUAAUCUUUUAAGAAUAUUGAAAUCAAUUAAGUGGAUAGUUUACAAUAAUUAUAAAAAUUAAAUUAUGGCUUUUAACAAAACAAAGAAGCAUCUUUAAAUAAUUUAAAUUAGUUUCAAAACAAUGAUUUUAUGUUCUCAGAAAUAAGUAAUUGCUUAGUUCAGCCAUAAAAAGCUAUAUUCUAUAAUAAUCUUAAUUAAAUUUAUGAUGAAGAGCCAGAAUCUUAUAAGUCAAGUCUAAAUGAUAACAAAAUAAAUAGAAUAUAUUCUAGAAGCACUGAUUCUCAUGAAGAAGAGAAUGAAAAGAAAGAGUAAAGGAAUGAAAUUGCUAGUGUAAAUUCAAGUAAAUUCAGUUCAGUCGAGCUCAUGAAAAGGUCUAUGAUUAAGAGAAUACUAUCAAAAGUAUAUACGAGAGGCUAAAAGCUUAUGAUUAUUACAGGUAUUCUAGCAUUUUUGAUUUUAGCUAUAGUGACUAUAAAAAUAUAUUAUGAUAAUAUUAAUAGCUUAGAUUAAUUUGUUUCUUCUUUUUUGAAAAUAGAUGAUGCAAUUUACUGUUUUGUAGAUGUUAUGAAUAUAUUAGCUUUUAAUAAUUAUGCUGAAAUACUAGGUAUUAAGGAUAAUCCAUAUAUUAUUGAUACAUUAAAAGAUUAAUAAGUUGAAAAGAUAAAUGUUAACACAAUUUAUUAUCCUUUAGUCCUUAAUGAUUAUAAACGUAAUUUAGAAUAACUUGUUUUACACAAUGAAAGUGAAGAAUCAAUUAAUGUACUACAGAAUAACCUAUUUUUAGUUUAGAAAUUCACUAUUGGCUUUUACGACAACUAUGGAAGCUAAUUGUAUGUAGGAAAUACAAAUUUUACUCAAAAUUUGCAAUAUACUUUAAUGGAAUACUACUAUUCUAUUUAUAUGUAUACAGUAAUGUUUGAAGAUGCUUAAGAAAUGUUUAUAUGGAAUAACCUCAUGGAAUUAAAAGAAAGGACAAGAAACUUGCAAUCAAUUGUUAAUCAAUAUGUCAACAAACAAUUUAAUAACAUGUACAAUGAAUAGAUAACUAUUAUCAUAUUAGUAGCCAUAAUUAGUGUUUCUAUGGUAUUGACUAUAAUCCCUUUAAAUUUCAUGAUAUAAAUGCAGAAAGAAAAAAUUAUGAAACUCUUAGGUUCAUUUUAACCUUAGAUACUUGAAUCUCAAAUAAAACUUAUUGAAUUGGCCAUUUUUAAAAUAGAUAAUAUCCAUACUGUCAAUGAAAUGAACAAAGGUGUGUAAGAUAAUAAUAAAUCUUCGAAUUAAAACAGGAAAUAGAUAAAACUCUUGAUGGAAUUGGCUCUUGAUGGGAGAGAAGACAAUUAGAUUAACUAAAAAGGCAAGUUUAAUUAAGAAAUAAAUGAUUUCAUUCCAAAAUACAUUAAAAGAAAGCAAAAUAAAAGAAACAGAUCUAUCGCAUCUUUUAAUAGUUUACCAAAACUUAGCUUUAAAAUUAUUUUUAUGAGCGUUGUUACUAUAAUACUUUUAUUGAUUUAGCCGUUUUUAAACAUAAUUUAAAAUAAUCCAUUUCAAAGAGAGUCUAAUGCUACUUUAGACGAUAGAAUAGCUUUAACCAGUAUCUAUUCUUGUUUAAUUGAGAAUUAAACUCCACAUUAUUUGAGCUAAUACAUGAUGAUUAUUGAGUAAUACCUUCCAUCUGAAACAUUUUAUUACUAUUAUAUUCAGAAUAUAACAGAUUAGAACUAGUAAUCUAUUUUAGCAAUAUAGAACUUGACUUAAAGCCAACAUAUUCCAAGAAAUAAUGAGCAGAUAUUUGAAGGAUUUUAUAAAACCAUUCUUAAUGGAGACAUAUGCUCUGUAAAGGAAUCAUAUCCACAAUAUUUUAACUCAAAUAUAACUCAUGCUGAUUGUAACAGAUUAUUUGGUGGAAUAUUGAACAGAGGAUUGCUUCUUUCAAUUAAAAAGGCUUUUGAUACAUUUUAAGAACUGUACGAAAUGUAUUCAAUAACAGAUUAUUAUACAUUAUAUGAUCAAUGGAUUUUAUUCCAGUACUAGUACUCAUAUAUAGAUUUUUUUAAAUUUGUAUAAGUGAUCACAGAGGCUGUUAAUGGUAUCAGGCAAUACUAAAAUGAGUCACUGUUACAAUAUAAAGACUAUUUAUAAUCUAAUUUAUUCUUACUAUUUAUUGUAUAACUCAAAAUUAUAACUCUCAUAUUCUUGAUAGGAUGGACUUACCUAUUCUUUAAAUUUGAUACCCAGCUGACUCUAACAAAUAAAAUGUUUACAUUAUUCCAUAUUAGCUUGCUUUACGAAAACAGCUUUAUCUAGUCUUAUUUUAAAUAAAUCAAAAUUCUAAAUAAAAAUUGA